UAAAACUUGUGCCUCUGCUGUGCUUUUGGUGCUCUCUGCUCUGGGAACCUGUGCCCUGGACACAGAUGUUGCAGCUGUCUAUGAACACAAUGAGCAGAGGACACUGAAGUGCCAGUUUUUCCUGAGGAGUCCUUGAUGCUGAUGGAGAAAAAUACCGUAAUUUUUGAAGCAGCCAUCAAGGAAGCAGCUAGAAAGGGUGCCCAUAUCAUUAUGACUCCUGAAGACAGUAUUUACAGAUGGGUCUUCACAAGGAAAACAAUAUACCCUUAUCUCGAGGAUAUUCCAGACCCACAGGGGGACUGGAUUCUGUGUGCUCAUCCUGGUAGGUUUGCUCCCUCACCCGUGCUUGAAAGACUGAGCUGUCUGGCAAAGAAUAACUCCAUCUAUAUGGUUGCAAAUAUGGGAGAAAAGAAACCCUGUAGUUCCAGUGACCCGAGGUGCCUAAGUCAUGGCCCCUAUCAGUACAAUACCAACGUAGUCUUUGACUCAGAAGGGAAACUGCUGCCUCGUUAUCACAAGUACAACCUUUUUGUGACAGAGAAACAGUUCAAUUACCCCAAGGAUCCAGGAUUUGGGACUUCCAAUACAUCCUUUGGCCUCUUUGGCAUUUUCACUUGAGCAGACAUACUCUAUCACGAUCCAGCUGUGGUCUUGGCAAGCAGAUUUCAGGUUGACACCAUUCUGUUCCCAACUGUUUGGGUGAACACCCUUCCACUGUUGUCACCCAUCCCGUUUCACUCAGUGUGGGCCAUGGGAAUGGGUGUCAACUUCCUUUCAGCAAAUAUGCACAGCUCCACUUUACAUAUGACAGGGAGUGGUAUUUAUGCCUCAGAUGGUCCAAGAGCAUAUUACUACAAUACUGAAAUGGAUAAUGGUCACCUUUUGACAGAACUUAGUUCAUGCCCACAUCUUUCUCCUGACUAUCCUGCUGCUGCUAACUAG